GGGACGAACUCCCAGCGUUGAAGAGCCUGCGAAGCUGCAAUUACUCUCUUUCUAGGGCUCAUUUCUCCCACCCGACGAGAGAGAAAGCGAGAGCCGAGGAAGCUAAAAUCAACUCUUCUAAUUGCCGUUUCCUUUCGAUGUAGAGCAAAUUCUCCUAUUCUGAACUCCGAUCAGUUCAAGUGAGAUGGCAGCUCCACAUAAUGUUGAGCUGGAAGCUGCAAAGUUCCUACAUAAACUCAUUCAGGAAUCUACAGAUGAGCCUACAAAAUUGGCUAGAAAACUUUAUGUGAUUUUGCAACACAUGAGAUCAAGUGGGAAAGAAAAUUCUAUGCCAUAUCAUGUGAUAUCAAGGGCAAUGGAGACUGUUAUCAAUCAACAUGGCCUUGAUAUUGAGUCUCUGAAGUCGUCACACCUUCCUUUGACUAGCGGUACCCAUAUUGGAGAUUCUUCUUCAACACAGUUUGCAGGGUCUUCCCUCAUGGGUACUAUUCCAAAGGAUUCUAAACUUGGAAGGACUGAAAAUGAGGUUGCCAGUUCGCCUGCUUCAAGCAGGCCGCCUGUUGGGCCCAGCAGUGCAGGACGUGAUAUUUUUCAAGGAUCUGUGUCUCAUCUCCGAAAUAAGUCUUUUGAUCAUGAAAGUCCAUCCAGUUUUGAGACUAGGUCUGCCAAUUCUCAGUCACAGGAAAGGCAUGAUACAUCAAACUGGGAGAAGGCAAAUCAAAAUGACUCUAAGAAAGCUGGCAGUAAGAGAAAGAGGGCCGAUCCGCCAACUGCCACUGAUUCACAUAUUGAAAAUCCCCAGAAACUUGAUAAUCGUGGCAUUAAUUCAGGCAGGGGGAAUUUAGUAAACAAGGUUGAACCAUCUGGGACUUUAUCUGUUAAAAACAGCGACAAUAUUCAGUUCAAUAUGGUUCAAGGAAGCAGUCAGAUGGAAAAUAUUGCAUCUUUACCUAGUAGCAUGAGAUCAUCAAAUGUUGCCAGUUUGAUGUCACGAGGUGCAAAUUCAAAGUACUCCGAAGAUGUGGAAGUUUCUUCUGCUCAUAGUGCUUUAGGACUACAGCAAGGAGGCUCUCAGCUGCCAGCGCAGUAUGGCUUUAAUUCUAGGGGUUUGUGGAAUCAAAAUAGAGUAGGAUUCUCACUUGAAAAAUCCCAAGUGCCAAGGUUUCCUUCUGGUGCUGGAUUUGCUAAUUCAACAGCAGAAACAUUGAUACACCAGUCAACUGCUCCUAUUGGAUCAGGUCCAUCUGGUGAGGUUCACGGAACAACCCCUGGUGACUCUAGUUCAUGUGCACCAGUAGAAACUGCAGUCCAGGGUCCGAUGCAUUUCAUGAGUUCUUCAUAUGAAAAUCCUGGUUUGGUCGCAAGGAUUAAUGAAGAAAGAAGCAGGGAAGCCUUUUCAGCCUCUCCUUCAGUUGAGUUCUCUGCUGGUAAGGUCACAGUAGAUUCUGAGUACUGGAAGCAUGGGUUCACGAAAGGUGCAGUAACUAAUACUUCUGAGAGACAUGGAGAACCCCAAAUCUUUUCAGCUAAUCGUGGGGAAUUAGGAUCCUCAACUCUGUCUACUGGGAAGACAUUGGAGCAUAAUGAUGGACCUUUGAAUGAACUACCAAAUGCAAAUAAGAUAGUUCAGAGUGGCAUUCCGGGAAAUUUUAUGGAAAUGAACAUCUUUAGAGGCCCAGUUCCUAGAGAUACAGGAAAAUUUCUGAUUUCUCAGGCUCCUGGUGUAUCUAACAUGCCUUUCAAGGAGCAACAUCUAAAACAGCUCAGAGCUCAGUGCCUCGUGUUCUUGGCAUUCAGGAAUGGUCUGAUGCCAAAGAAGCUACAUCUUGAAAUUGCAUUGGGAAACUUCCUUCAAAAAGAAGAUGCUUCUCGCAAAGAGCUGAUUGAUCAUAAAGGAAAAGGGCUCUCAAUUAAUGAUCAAAGUUACAAUUCUGGAGUUCUCCCUGUCCCUGGGGCUAGUUUGUCAAAAGAAUCUGAGGACCCAAACCUCAUGGGGGACAAGAGUCACCUGCCUUCUGAUCUUUCUGCACAAGCAGAAGAAAGGUGGCAUCCUUUAGCCACAAGAGGAAGAAGUGAGGCUGAGGCAUCGAUUCAGGAAAUACUAGAUCCGCAGGCAUUCCUAUCUAGGGGCUCACAACUGGAUUCUUCAAGAGUGAGGGAUUUAUCUGUUAGUAGUCAGAAAGAGGAUUCAAGGAAUGGACAGCAGGCUGGGAAUGCAAAGCAAGCUUCCUCUCUUAUGGGCAUAAACAAGCAGACAAAACCUGAGUUGAUCAACUGGACUGGGGCUGGUAAUGAGUUUGCUGAUGGAUCAGUUCCUGGGUCUGUCAUCUCUCAAGAAUCAGUGUCAGAAAGAAGAGAUGGUGCUCCAAGUCAAUUGCAGAUCCUUCCCGACUCUAGCAUUCAAGGAAGCCGACAUGCUGGUAGUCAUUUGCCUAGUUUUCCAUCAGGAGAACAUUGGAAGCCUAUUUCAGGAACUGAAGCUGAACGCCAAACUGUGAUGACUAUGAAGGAUGCAAAUGUCUUGUUGAAGAAUGUGUCUGAGGAUUAUCAAAAAAUUUCUGAGGUUCAAAGAAGAUGUAUUCCAGAUGGAUGCAAAAGUAUACUUCCUGACAUGCAAAAGAAUGGUAGUGGAGGUCCCAUAAUGCCAGAAACUGACCAACAGGAGGAAGAUAUGUCUUCACAUGCAGAUUUAGCACCAUCUCCUACUUGUACCACAUCAGAGAAGUGGAUUAUUGAACAGCAGAAGAGGAAACUCUCAAUUGAGAAAAAUUGGGCGCUAAAACAACAAAAGACAGCACGGAGAAUUGCUUCUUGUUCUGAAAAAUUAAAGGAAUCAGUGAGCUCAUCUGGAGAUAUUUCUGCCAAAACCAAAAGUGUUAUAGAACUCAAAAAACUUCAACUAUUGGAGCUUCAGCGCCGUCUCCGUAGUGAUAUAUUGACUGAAUUCUUCAAACCAAUAGCAACUGAGAUGGACCGUUUGAAAUCAAUUAAGAAGCAUAGAAUAGGUAGGAGGCCAAAACAAAUUGAAAGAUUUGAGCAGAGAAUGAAGGAAGAACGCCAAAAAAGAAUUCGUGAGAGGCAGAAAGAGUUCUUCAGUGAAAUAGAAGUUCACAAGGAGAGACUGGAUGAUGUAUUCAAAAUAAAGCGGGAACGUUGGAAGGGUUUUAAUAGAUACAUAAGGGAGUUCCAUAAGAGGAAGGAGCGGAUUCAUCGUGAGAAGAUUGACCGUAUACAGCGUGAGAAGAUCAAUUUGUUGAAAAUAAAUGAUGUGGAGGGGUACCUUCGAAUGGUUCAGGAUGCAAAAUCAGAUCGCGUCAAGCAGCUGCUAAAAGAGACUGAGAAAUAUCUUCAGAAGUUAGGGUCCAAACUUCAAGCGGCAAAGGUUGUGGCGAGACGAUUUGAGACUGAUGUUGAUGAGAACCAAGCUGCAUAUUUUAUUGACAACGAUAUUGUAGUGGAUAAUGAAGAUGAAGCUGAUCAGGCAAAGCAUUAUCUGGAAAGCAAUGAAAAGUACUAUCUGAUGGCUCAUAGCAUAAAAGAGAAUAUUACAGAGCAGCCAACUUGUCUUCACGGUGGAAAACUGAGAGAGUAUCAAAUGAAUGGGCUAAGGUGGUUGGUUUCACUGUACAAUAACCAUUUGAAUGGCAUACUUGCAGAUGAAAUGGGCCUUGGUAAAACUGUUCAGGUUAUUGCUCUAAUUUGUUACCUAAUGGAGGCAAAAAAUGACAGAGGACCAUUUUUAGUUGUAGUCCCAUCUUCAGUUCUUCCCGGAUGGGAAUCAGAAAUCAACUUUUGGGCUCCUAGUGUCAACAGAAUUGUCUAUUCUGGGCCUCCAGAGGAACGACGCAGGCUAUUUAAGGAAAGAAUUAUUCAGCAGAAGUUCAAUGUCCUCUUGACGACAUAUGAGUAUCUGAUGAACAAGCAUGAUAGACCAAAAUUAAGCAAAGUACAUUGGCAUUAUAUCAUUAUUGACGAGGGACAUCGCAUCAAGAAUGCUUCUUGCAAGUUGAAUGCUGAUCUGAAGCACUAUCAUAGCUCUCACAGGUUGCUUUUGACUGGGACACCACUACAGAAUAAUCUUGAGGAACUAUGGGCAUUACUUAAUUUCUUGUUGCCAAAUAUUUUUAAUUCUUCGGAGGAUUUUUCUCAAUGGUUCAAUAAACCAUUUGAGAGCAAUGGUGAUAGUUCGCCUGAUGAAGCCUUACUGUCUGAGGAGGAGAAUCUUCUGAUUAUUAAUCGCCUUCACCAAGUUUUGCGACCAUUUGUACUCCGGAGGCUGAAACACAAGGUUGAAAAUCAGUUACCUGAAAAGAUUGAAAGACUUGUAAGAUGUGAGGCCUCUGCAUAUCAGAAGCUUUUAAUGAAGAGGGUUGAAGAGAAUCUUGGAGCAAUUGGAACUUCAAAGGCUCGGUCAGUACACAACUCUGUUAUGGAGCUGCGGAACAUUUGCAAUCAUCCAUAUCUGAGCCAGCUUCAUGUGGAAGAGGUUCAUGAAUUUAUCCCUAACCAUUAUCUGCCAAAUAUUGUGAGACUCUGUGGGAAGCUUGAAAUGUUAGACCGUUUACUACCAAAACUAAAAGCGACAGAUCAUCGGGUCCUUUUCUUUUCCACAAUGACUAGGCUGCUUGAUGUUAUGGAAGAUUAUCUGUGCUGGAAACAAUACCGGUAUCUUCGCUUGGAUGGGCAUACAUCUGGGGGUGAACGUGGAGCCCUUAUUGAGAAUUUCAAUCAACCGGGUUCUCCUUUUUUCAUAUUUCUGCUCAGCAUCCGAGCGGGAGGUGUUGGGGUGAACCUUCAAGCCGCUGAUACUGUGAUCAUUUUUGAUACAGAUUGGAAUCCACAGGUUGAUCUUCAAGCACAGGCAAGGGCUCAUAGGAUUGGUCAGAAGAAAGAUGUGCUUGUUCUUCGAUUAGAAACGGUGCAAACUGUGGAGGAACAAGUUAGAGCUGCAGCUGAACACAAAUUGGGAGUUGCAAAUCAGAGCAUUACUGCUGGGUUUUUUGACAAUAAUACGAGUGCAGAAGAUAGGAGAGAAUACUUGGAGUCCCUCCUGCGGGUGUGUAAGAAAGAGGAAGCUGCACCAGUUUUGGAUGAUGAUGCUCUAAAUGACCUCAUAGCACGCAGUGAAUCAGAGAUUGAUAUAUUUGAAUCAGUUGACAGGCAAAGGAAGGAGCAAGAGAUGGGAAUGUGGAAAAAGAUGGUAUUCGGAUAUGUGAAAGAUGGCUCUGAGCCUAUACCUCCCUUGCCUUCUCGGCUGAUAACAGAUGAUGAUCUGAAGCCAUUCUAUGAAGCAAUGAAAAUAUAUGAAGUAUCCGAUCCAAGAGUGGUUUCUAAUGUUGGGCCAAAGCGGAAGGGUGAGUAUCUUGGAGGCCUGGAUACGCAACAAUAUGGAAGGGGCAAACGAGCAAGAGAGGUGCGGUCUUAUGAAGAGCAAUGGACAGAAGAAGAAUUUGAGAAGUUGUGCCAGGUGGAGUCCCCUGGGUCCCCUAAACUGAAGGAAGAAAGGGUUGAUGCCAACUCACUGGUAGUGGUCAGUGGGUCUAUCACUUCCACUGUUAAAACAGAGCCACCAGCAGUAGCCAUGGUGUCCCCACAACCAUCUCUACAGCUGCCAAUGCAGCAAAGCAAAGAGGUAACGCCUCCGUCUAAACGGGGCCGUGGAAGGCCAAAGAGGGUAACUACAGAUGUCUCCCAAUCUGCAGUAUCUCCAGCACUCUCUGGAGCCAGUAAAACAGAUAUGUUGUCCCAGAGCAGGCCAGCUUCUGGCUUUCCUGGGGUACCUGGAGCUGAUUCAGUGCCUAGUUAUGUUACAGAAAAAGCUGCUAGUGGAUCCCAUCCUAAAUUUGGUGUAUGGAUUGCUCCUAGCUCUGAGUCAACGCCCGCUCUUCCUUCUGUUUCUAUUUCUUCUCUGGCCACUUCGGCAACUUCCGUUUCUGUUGGUGCUGAUGCCACAGCUGUUGCUCCUUCCCCUUCUCCAAUGGUGCAAGUGAAAGGACAAACUCGGAAAACUAGAUUUGGGGCAGAAGCACCCAGGCGUAGAAGCAAGAAGCAGGCUUCAUUACCACCUGCUGUUCCAGUUCCUGCAGUUCCUCCUGUGUCUUUGACGACAGAAAUGGUGGCACAGAGGGAACCGAUUUCCAGUCUCCCAGCAGCCUCUUGUCUUGAUUCUGUAACUGGUUCUGCUAAGGUGAACUGUAAUGAACAAGGUAUGGUCUCACCUUCUGUUCUGGUUCUACCGACAUCAUCUGAAUCUGGGAAAAAGGAUUUAGGAUCAGAAACGCAUCCUCUUUCUGUUGAUCCAAUAUCAUCUGAAUCUGGGAAACAGGAUUUGGGAUCUGAAACACAGCCUGUUUCUUGCAAUCUCAUGGUCUCUGUUUCUGAUUCUUCUCCUGCUACUUCUAUUGUAACAGGUGUUAAGGCAACUGUGCCUAAUUUUGGAGCCGACAUUGUUUCUAGUUGUCAGCCAAAUUCUUUGUUGACUUCUGUUCCCCCUGGUUCACAAUCUGUUCCUUCCAAUCCUCCCAUGCCAAAGCAAACUAAAGGACGAGGUCGUGCACCUCAAAGUGGAGUGGAGGCACCCCGGCGCAGAGGAAGGAAACUAGAUCCUGUUGCACCUGUUGCUGUAGAUGGUCUAUCUGGCCAGGAUUCAAACUCUAAUGAACAACCUCAGAGCAAACAACUUGUAUCAUCAGGGAGAAAAUCUGUUGUCACGAGAAGAAAGAGACAGAAUGAAGCUAUGGAGCUGACAAAUGUUGCGCAUGCACUCUCAUCUGAGGUCCAGAUCUCUGAUAAUUUACAUGGUUCAGAUGCAAAACCAACUGGCCAAUCAGAUUAUUUGUCCCAGAGCAAGCAGGAAAAUUGUUUCUCAAUAGCAAGUAACAGUGCUUCCAUCUCUUUGGAUGCAAGUGACAGUCAAACUGUUAAAAGAGAUGAAAAAUCACAAGAGACAGAAGUUCCUGUUCUAGAGGCAAAUGUUUUGUCAGAGUCUUCAAUGUCUGGGACUAAGAGUUUGGAGGACAAAAACAAAUUUUCAACAUUGGAGACAGCAGAUAAAGUUGAUACCGAGAUCCAAAAGACGGAGAAGGAUGUUUCUGCAAAAAUACCAGAGCAAAGUGAUCCUGUUAUGCAGAAUGCUGUCGAUUUAAAGUUAGAGGUUCAUAAACUUGAAGGAAAAAAAGUUGAUGUUAGUUUGCGUGAAAAUAUGCAAAAUUUAUGUGGUCUAGAUGAAGAGAACUUGAAGUUGAAAACUAAUAUGGAAGGCACUUCAAUUGUUCCUCCCAAUUUUGAACCAUUAGACAUUGUGCCUCAUGAGAAACCUCCUGCUUCUGAUGCUUCAGUUUUGGGAACAAUAGCUUCAGUUGGGGACCAUUCAAGGAACAAUUCUGAGGUUCAAUCUAUGAAGCAAGAUGAGAAAGAAGAAAUGAAGUGUUCUGGUCUAGAUGAAAUGGUUGUUUCAGAACCUGGGGAGACUCUGAAUUUGGAGAAGACUUGUACUUUGUCAAUGUUGGGAAAAGAAGUUCCAGUUGUCAAUCCUGAUACUGAAAAAAUGGAGAAAGAAGCUGAUGCGGAAGUACAAGAGAGCAGUGAUCAUAUUUUGCAGGGUGCUGUUGUUACUGAUGAGGCUUGUGGACCUGAAACUGAAGCCAAUUCUGGUUCUUUUCUGCAUGAGUCAGGUCCAAGAGGUCUGGUCCUUGCAAAUUCAGUUGUGGGGACUAAUGUAGAAGAAGAGAGCAAGGCUUCUGGUUUAGAUGAUUUAGGCAUUUCAGUGCCCGCAGAGAUGCAGAACUUGGAGGAGAAAAUGUGUUCUACUUUGCCAAAGUUGGAAAGAGAAGCUCCAGGCCCUGGUGCUGAAACUGAGAAGGAAGCUGACGCAGAAGCACUAAAGAGCAGUGAUCCUAUUUUGCAGACUGUUAUUGAUACAAAGCCUGAGGCUUCUGCACCAGAAACCAAGAUUGUUUCUGGUUCUUCUGAAUACGAGGCAGAUCCAAUAGGUCUAGUCAAAACAAACUCAAUUGCGGGGACCAAUGUAGAAGAAGAAAGGAAGGUUUCUGGUCUAGAUUAUUUAGUCAUUUCAGAGCCUGGGGUGACUAGGAAUUUUGAUGAGAAAAAGUGUUCCCCUCUGUCAAUUUUGGAAACAGCUGCCCCAGUUGAUGCUGAAACUGGAGAGACUGAGAAGGAAGGUGAUGCAGAAGUACAAAAGAGCAGUGACCCUUUGUUGCAGUGUGCUAUUGUUACAAAGCCUGUGGUUGACGGACCAGAAACACAGAUCAAUUCUGGUUCUUUUGAACAUGAGGCAGAUCCUAGAGGUCCAGUCCAAGUAAACUCAAGUGUGGGAACUAACGUGGAAUACUCUUCAGCUGUUGCUGAGCCAUUGGAAGACGCAUGUCAUGAUAAAGUUCUUGCGCAUGUUCCUCCAGUUUUGGGAAAUGAACCUCCAGGUUUGGACCUUACAGUGGAUAAGUUCAAGGAUCUAUCAGGGAAGGACAAAGCUAAAGAACAAGAAACUAAAUGUCCAGCUCCUGACUGUGCAGUCGGCUCAGAUCCAGGGUCAAGUAAGAUUUUGGAGGAGGAUAAGUUUUCAACUUUAUCAGUGUUAGAGGCUGGUGAUCUAGCAUCUGAUCCUGAGACUGAGAUGUCUGAGAAGAAGGUUAAUGCAGAAGCACGAAUUGAGGAUCAAUCUGGGAAAGAAGAAGCUAAAGAACAAGAAGUGGAAUGUCUGGAUCCUGACUACAUAGCUGCCUCAGAUCAUGGAGAGACUAAGAUUUUGGAGGAGAAAAGUUUUUUAACAAUGUCAAUGUUGGAAAGAGCUGCUCCGGCAGUUGAUCCUGAUAUUGAGAUGUCUGAGAAGGAAGUUAGUGCAGAAGGAAAAGAUUGCAAGAGUGUCGUUGGUUCGUCUGGAAAUGUAUUGGGCCCUACAGACCAUGUCAAUGCUGAACCACUGAAUGAUGUGCCUUGUGAGAAACCUGCUGUUCCUGAUGCUUCAAUUUCUGACACUGAAAUUACAGUUCAGGCCAUUGUAAUCGAUGCUGAUAUUCCACCUGGCAGGGAUUAUGCAGCAGAGCAAGAAAACAAAGGUCAUCUUCUAGACAAGUCUGAGGUUAAAUCUACGAAGCAAGAUGACAAAGAAGAAGAAGGGAAAUAUUCUGGUCUAGACGAAUUGGUUGUUUCAGAGUCUGGGGGGACUCAGAAUUCGGAGAAGACUUGUACUUUGUCAAGGUUGGGAAAAGAAGUUCCAGUUAUCGAUGCUGAUACUGAAAAAAUGAAGGAAGCUGAUGGAGAAGCACAAGAGAGCAGUGAUUGUAUUUUGCAGGGUGUUGUUACAGAUGAGGCUUGUGGACCUGAAAUUGAAACCAAUUCUGAUUCUAUUCAGCAUGAGGCGGGUCCAAGAGGUCUGGUCCUUGCAAAUUCAAUUGUGGGGACUAAUGUAGAAGAAGAAAGCAAGGCUUCUGGUUUAGAUGAAUUAGUCAUUUCAGUGCCCGGGGAGAUACAGGACUUGGAGGAGAAAAUGUGUUCUACUUUGCCAACGUUGGAAAGAGAAGCUCCAGGCCCUGACGCUGAAACUGAGAAGGAAGCUGUUGCAGAAACACUAAGGAGCAGUGAUCCUAUUUCGCAGGCUAUUAUUGAUGAAAUGCCUGAGGCUUCUGCACUGGAAACCAAGAAUGCUUCUGGUUCUUUUGAAUAUGAGGCAGAUCCGAUAGGUCUAGUCCAAGCAAACUCAAUUGUGGGGACUAAUGUUGAAGAAGAAAGGAAGGUUUCUGGUCUAAAUGAUUUAGUCAUUUUGGAGCCUGGGGUGACCAAGAAUUUUGAGGAGAAAAAGUGUUACCCUCUGUCAAUUUUGGAAACAGCUGCCUCAGUUGAUGCUGAAACUGGAAAGACUGAUAAGGAAGCUGAUGUAGAAGCACAAAAGUGCAGUGAUCCUUUAUUGCAGUGUGCUAAGCCUGUGGUUUAUGGACCAGAAACAAAGAUCAAUUCUGGUUCUUAUGAACAUGAGGCAGAUCCUAGAGGUCCAGACCUAGCAAACUCUAGUGCAGGAACGAACAUGGAAUACUCUUCAGCUGUUUCCGAUCCAUUGGAAGACAAAUGUCAUGAGAAACUUCUUGUGCCUGAUCCUCCAGUUUUGGGAAAGGAAUCUCCAGGUGUAGACCUUACAGUGGAUACGUUCGAGGAUCAAUCAGGGAACAACAAAGCUAAAGAACAAGAAACUGAAUGUCCGGCUCCUGAAUGUGCGGUUGGCUCAGAUCCAGGGUCGAGUAAGAUCUUGGAGGAGGAUAAGUUUUCAACUUUGUCAGUGUCAGGGACAGGUGAUCCAGCAUUUGAUCCUGAGACUGAGAUGUCUGAGGAGGUGGUUAAUGCAGAAGCACGAUUUGAGAGUCAAUCUGGGAAAGAUGAAGCUAAAGAACAAGAAGUGGAAUGUCAGGCUCCUGAUGACAUAGUUGCCUCAGAUCAUGGGGAGACUAAGAUAUUGGAGGAAAAAAGUGUUUCAACAAUGUCAAUAUUGGAAAGAGCUGCUCCGGAAGUUGAUCCUGAUAUUGAGAUGUCUGAGAAGGAAGUUAGUGCAGAAGGAAAAGAUUGUAAAAGUGUGGUUGGUUCUUCUGGAAACGUGCCUUGUGAGAAACCUGAUGUUCCUUAUGCUUCAAUUUCUGACACCGCAAUCACAGUUCAGGCCAUUGUAAUCGAUGCUGAUAUGCCAGCAGGGAGGGAAUAUGCAGCAGUGCAAGAAAACGGAGUUCAUCUUCUAAAUACUGGUCCUUCGGAAAACCAGAUAAACACUGGUCCUCCUGAAAGCUUGGAAGAAUUGACAGAUGUCAUGCAAGAAAGCCUGGUUACAGGGCCUGAAGUUGAUGCCCCUUCUGAAAUUCCUCCCAAUCCCCCCCUUAAUGACAGGCCCUCUGAGGAACAACAUAGAUUAGAAGCGUCUCAGCAGGGCGAUUCUGGGUCUGAAGGGGCAAAGGACUCUUCCUCUGCAGCAGAGAAUGAAUCUGAAUCUGCUGCCCAGGUACAAUGACUGGAUAUAUAACAAAUUUCUCUCAUUUUGAUGGCUUCAGAUUGGAUUAAGCACUGUGGUGUUGGUUGGCUUCAUUGUACAUUGUGUAAAGGCCGGCAGCAUAGAAUAGGAAGAAGCCCUUGCUGUUACAGAAGCUCUAGCUUUUUGUUGGUAAUAUAUUUAGCCAUGCCCUCCUAUGUUUUCUCACUACAUGGGUGUGUAUAUAUGGAUCUGUAUUUUUGCUGAUCAUUAACAAACCUAUCGGCCAUUCCUUUUGUGGUAAAUUAAUCUCUCUGCCGUCUGUAUACAAAGAUAAUAUAGCAAACUUUUAUC